CACUGUUUGCUGCUUUGUCUCUUCUUUCUUAGAUGAUCUUUUCAGCACCAUUUCGUAUAAGAAAUGAAUAAUACAAUGAGGCCAAGGGUAAAGGUCAUGGUUCAUUUGGUCUAUGAUAGAGGAUAACAGAAAAAGACAUAACAUCUACAUCUAGUCAUAUCAUUUUCUAGUUGUCUUUCGCACUCAACAACAUCUCUUCAGUUUCCUGGUGUAUAAGUUUAGAAAUUUUAUUUUAGUUUUUUCGAGAAAACUCUUGUAUUGAAUGGAAGGGAGCAAGGGAAAAAGCAAGAGAUCAUCAGGUAAUUUGAUCAUCAAGACAUGGGAGCGAUGCAAAUGUUUAGGCCUUGCUCGGAAGAGUUCGUCAUCAUUAACCACACUUGCCCUGACCAAGAAGAGCAAAUCAUGGCCGCAGAUGAAGGAUGUCACAGGAAUUUCAGAAGAUCGUGGUUCGAAACCUCUUAAGAAACGCCGAGCGGGUAAGGAGAAAGGUUGCUUCUCGGUGUAUGUGGGGCAGGAGAAACAGAGGUUUGUGAUCAAAACAGAGUAUGCAAACCAUCCCCUGUUCAGGGUACUGUUGGAAGAAGCAGAGUCGGAAUACGGGUUCAACAGCGGAGGGCCUCUGGUUCUCCCAUGCAACGUUGAUUUGUUUUGCAAGGUGUUGUUGGCGAUUGAUGACGGUGGUUCCGACGACGUCCCUCGGCAGUGGGGUUGUGGGUUCCCCAAAGGGCACAGUGGUUAUCGCCUCCUCAGCUCUCCUAUGAUCGCCAUAAAUCAGUCCCAAUCAAUUUGCUCGUGAUCUUGUACGUAGUUAUUUCGAAUUCGGAGUAUGUGUGUUUGGUAGUACUACUAAUUAUAUCUAUCACAUGGGGACUCAAGAUGUCCUCUUGUUCUCAAAAGAAAAAGAACAUGUGAUCAUGUAAAUUAUUAUGAGAGCCUACCAAAAAAGGAUGUAAAUUAUGAGCAGAGAAGAAAAAUAAGAACCAAGUAAUUUU